GGGAGGACUAGGGGCGCGUGGUUUUCCCAUCUCAUCCCUGGAGGAGGGGCCGGAGCAUCCCGGGUAGCCAAUCAGGGACAGGCUGGGGGGGCGCUUUGAAGAAGUUUGGAAGAAAAAAGUUUGGAAAAGUUUCUAUAAUAACGAGGGGGAGUCCGGAGGGAGGCGGCUGCGACAGAAGAGGAGGCGUCUCACAGAAAGGGAGGGAGGGAGCCACCCUCGCGUGAAGCUACAGCAGCGACCAGAGCCUCCCCCUCCCACCCAGGCGGGACCUAGGGGCUCUGACCGGAUCCAUGGGGGCCGCAAGCUGCGAGGAUGAGGAGCUGGAAUUUAAACUGGUGUUCGGGGAGGAAAAGGAGCCCCCCCCGCUGGGCCCUGGGGGCCCUGGGGAAGACCUGGACUCCGAGGAUGCCCCUGCAUGCUGUCGUUUGGCCCUGGGGGAACCCCUUCCUUAUGGUGCUGCUCCUAUUGGUAUUCCCCGACCCCCACCCCCUCGGCCAGGCAUGCACUCACCACCACCCCGUCCCGCCCCUUCACCUGGCACCUGGGAGAGCCAGCCGGCCCGGUCGGUGAGGCUGGGGGGCCCAGGAGGGAGCGCGGGGGGUACCGGGGGUGGUCGUGUUCUUGAGUGUCCCAGCAUUCGGAUCACCUCCAUCUCUCCAAACCCUGACCCACUGACCUCACUAGAGGAUACUCCUGAAACCUGGGGGGAUGGCUCUCCUAGAGAUUACCUGCCACCAGAAAGCUUUGUGGGCUACCGAGAGGCAGGAGGGCAGGGCAGAGGUGCCUUCUUCAGCCCAAUCCCCAGCAGCAGCAGCCUUUCUUCCUGGAGCUUCUUCUCUGAUGCCUCAGAGGAAGCAGCCCUGUAUGCAGCAUGCGAAGAUGUGUAGUCUGAACUUAAUGAAGCAGCCUCCUGCUUUGGCCUGAGCUCUCCCCUGCCCUCACCUCAUGCUUCCCCUAGACCAUGGACUCCAAAGGAUCCAUGCAACCUAUAUUGUCCAAGCUCCAGAGGCCAAAAUGUGGAGGAUAGCUGGCUACUCCUCAGGGCUACUGGGCCUAUCCUAGCCUCCUCUCAGCCUGUUUCUCCAUGCGACAAGAGGCGCUAUUCCAGUUCCAGAACCCCAUCUUCUGCCUCCCCAGCUUUAUCCCUCUGGGGCAGCCUCGGGGAAGAGGGCCCAGAACCACCUCCACCACCCCCACUGCCUCUGGUCCGGGACCCUAGUUCCCCUGGCCCUUUUGACUCUGUGGGUACUACACCAACCCAGACCAUCCCUCAGAAAACCUGGAGGACUUCUAGUGAGCAGGCAGUGGCCCUGCCACGGUCUGAGGAGACUGCCUCCUGUAAUGGGAAGCUGCCCUCGGGAACAGAAGACGCUGUGGUUUCUCCAGGAACUCUGCGGAAAGAGGUGGCUGGCAUGGACUACCUAGCAGUGCCUUCUCCCCUUGCUUGGUCCAAGGCGCCAAUUGCGGGACAUAGUCCCAUCUUCAGGACCUCUGCCCUACCUCCUCUGGACUGGCCUUUGCCCAGCCAGUAUGAGCAGCUGGAGUUGAGGAUCAAGGGGCAGCCUAGAGCAUACAACUGGCCCCACUACGAGACCGAGGGCAACUGAGGAGUUUUCAAGGCUGCUCCAGGAGGUCACCCCUUGGUCAAGCUCCUAGGCUACAAUGAGAAACCACUCCCUCUACAGAUGUUUAUUGGCACUGCAAAUGAAAGGGGCCUGCAGCCACAUGCCUCCUACCAGGUGCACUUUAUUACCUGCAAGAUGGCGGGUAUGGCCAGCUAUGAAGCUGUAGUCAGUGGUACCAAAGUGCUGGAGAUGACCUUGCUCCCAGAGAACAACAUGGCUGCCAACAUCGACUGUGCUGGAAUCCUGAAACUUCGGAAUUUAUACAUUGAGCUGUGGAAGGGUGAGACAGACAUUGGGUGCAAAAACACAUGAGUGUGGUUUAUGUUUUAUGUUCACCUGCCUCAGGGCAGUGGGAAAGUCGUCUUUGCGCAGGCGGUAUCAGUGCCCAUCGAGUGCUCCCAGCGCUCUGCCCAGGUGCUUCCCCAGGUGGAGGCCUACUGUCCCAGUGCCUGCUUUGUGAGAGGAUGGGAGGAGCUAGUAUUGACUAGUUCCAACUUCAUGCCAUACUCUAAAGUGGUGUUUAUUGAGAGAGGCCAUGAUGGAAAACUACAGUGGGAAGAGGAGGCUGCGGUGAAUCGGCUGCAGAGCAGUGAGGUGACACUUACUCUCACCAUCUUGGAGUACAGCAAUAAGCGGGUGUUCUGGCCAGUCCAGGUGUACUUCUAUGUCUCCAACGGGCGAAGUAAUUGCAGUCCUACUCAAAGUUUCAAGUUCCUGCCUGCCUUCUGUCUCCUCAUUUUCCCUGUGAUCUUCAAGGAGGAGCCCCCGCCAGACUCGUCUCUCUAGGGCUCCCCUUUCACAUCUGGUCCCCUUUUUGACACUGACAUGAACUUCUCACCAUCCAGGCCCUCUUACCACUCUUUCCCCCAUGAAGAACAUGCUUAUGAGACCCCGUAACUUUCAGAAAGCUUUGGUUAUAACACACCCACUCUGUUCGCCCAGACGGGGCACUUGCCAUCCUAUAGAUCAGGCCUAUGGAUAUUCCCUGAGACUGGGGGUCCCGCAGGCUGUGUCCACCCACCUUCAGUCUCCUUCCUUUCCCGCCCCUUUCCUGGUGAUCUACAAGCAGGACAGGGCUCCUCUUGUGCCCUGGGGCUUCCAUUCUUCCCUCUGGUCCCAUUCAGGGUUCCAGUACCGUCCUCCCCACCACUUGAAGACCCAUUCUAUCCCCAGAGUGCUGUGCACCCCCUACCAGCUAAGGUCUACAAUGAGGUAGGGGCAGGUUAUACCCCUGGGGAGGAGGCUCUGGAGCAGGAGAAAUCCAGGGGUAGCUACCUCAGCAUCUUCAAAGACAAUGUACCUAACCAGGGUAUCACUCUGGAUGAAGUGAGUGAGAUCAUUGGCCGAGACCUGAGCGGCUUCCCUGCGCGUCCUGGAGAAGAGCCUCCUGCCUGAACCACAUGUAGUGGCCCCAGAAGCCUUGCCUCUUUGCCCUCUUCACUGGGGUGCUGGCUCCAGAAGCUCGGGACCAACUGUAGUUUCUCUUUGCCCAGCUUCUAUCUUCCUGUCUCCCCUCCCUCUCCCAGCUAAGGUGUGGCUCCUGAGGCCUGGUGCUGCCUUGAAAGGGAGCGAGGGAUGUGGAGGAUAGAGGGGGAGGGAGGAUGCUGAG